AUGUGCCAAGUUACAGAGUUCACUAGCAUUGACUGUGGAGGCACAAGUAAUUAUACCGACCCAAAUACCCGCUUAGCAUGGAUUUCGGACAACGGAGUCAUUCGCCAUGGAAAUCCAGUAGAAGUAGAGAAUCCAGAUGAAAACUUGCCGCAGUAUCAAAGACGCAGAGACUUUCCCAUAGACAACAAGAAGUACUGCUACACUCUAAGCACUGAUGAGAGAAGGCGGUACCUUGUUCGAGCAACAUUUCUGUAUGGCAGUUCUGUGGAGCAAGAUACAUACCCCAAAUUCCAGCUGUACUUAGAUGCAACCAAGUGGUCAACUGUGACUGUGUUGGAUGCUUCAAGAGUAUAUAUUAAGGAGAUGAUCAUUAGGGCACCAUCACAAUCCAUUGAUGUAUGCCUGUGCUGUGCAACAACAGGAUCUCCAUUUAUAUCCACCCUCGAGCUUCGGCCAUUGAACCUUUCAAUGUAUGCAACGGAUUUUGAGGAUGAGUUCUACUUAGAAGUAGCAGCAAGAGUAAACUUUGGAGCUCUAACCAAGGAAGCCAUAAGGUACCCGGAUGAUCCUUAUGACCGUAUAUGGGAUUCAGAUCUCGAUAAAAGGCAAAAUUAUCUCGUAGGGGAGGCCCCUGGCACAGAAAGAAUCAAUACAAUGAAGAACAUAGACACAAACACAAGAGAAUACCCACCGAUUAAAGUAAUGCAAACUGCAGUGGAGGGCACCAAAGGUACAAUCAGUUACAGAUUAAAUCUAGAAGAUUUCCCUGCCAAUGCUCGAGCUUAUGCAUAUUUUGCUGAAAUUGAAGACUUGGGAGUGAAUGAAACUCGAAAGUUUAGAAUGGAACAGCCUUAUAUUCCCGACUACAGCAAUGCUGUUGUAAAUAUUGCUGAGAAUGCCAACGGAAGCUACACUCUAUAUGAACCCAGCUAUAUGAAUGUUACAUUGAAUUUUGUGUUGUCAUUUGCCUUUGUAAAGACCAGGGAUUCUACUCGAGGACCACUCCUAAAUGCAAUCGAAAUAAGUAAAUAUGUGGAGAUUGGCCCCAAGACAGAGGGGCAAGAUGGUAAGACUCCAAUCUUGGUAUGCUUACUCUUCAAUCAAUCCUUCUCACCAUGUAAAGCAUACAAAUUUAUAAUAGUGCCCGUAUGA